AUGAAUGAUGCUCACUUGAAGAAAUCUCAGUCCAUAAAGAGUCUUAAUAACAGAUUAUAAAAAUUCGCUAUAGAAGAUGUAGAUAUUCCAAAGAAAAAAGAUAGAUCAAGCAGUCUAUUCAAUGACUAUCAAAAAAAUUCAAAUGAAAGAUUUAAUCUUGGAUUCGGUCUUAAUAAGUUUAAUGAUGGAGAUGCUAAUAGUGCUGGUGAAUUAUAACGAUCUUAGUCUAAUUAAAAUAACAGAGAUUUUCUUGAUAAUUAAGACGGAUAUGAAGUUUUUCCAUCCUAAUCAGUUCACAAAAAUAAAUCAGACAAUCAGAUUCCUUUAUAAAAUCAAGAUAUUUCAGAAUAAAUUACCUAGCAAUUGCCGCCAUUGAAGAUUAAAAAAGAGGAGUAUGUUAAAUUAAUAAGCAAGGAUGGCAAGGAAUUUGUAGUUCCAGUUCGAGUAUUAAAGCAUGCUCCUACCUUCGCUAGAAUGUUGAGCAGUUCUUUUGGAGAGAGCAAACUUGUAUUUAGCUAAUGA